AUGGCAUCGUCAAAAGAAAUUCAGCAUUCUUCCAGACCUCUCGGUCAACAUCGUCUGUCCAUGUCUACGAAUUCUGGCUCACUUCCGAAAUCGCAUGCACGAAACCAUUCUCAUUCCGUAUCUUCAGGAUCCCUUAUCCCCAGCCACCGGGUGACACGUCGGAAGAGUGUGUCGUCCAACGCUGCUAGCAAUGUCGCUGCAAUGGUUGCUGCCGUGAGAGAGGCGGGAGAAACCACAGGUGGAAUGCCAAUCACUGCUCGCCGAAACACAAUGUCGAAGAACGCCUCUGCUAGGGCUGCAGCCCUUGGGAGUCUUCCUUCACCACCUGCCAGCCUGCCGAGCCAUCGAAUUCGAAUGUCCGCGGGUGGAAAGCCAGACCGUGGCGAGAGUGCCAUUGACGACGACCAAAACGAUGAUAUGGAUGAGGAUGAAGAAGAUUUCAAACAAUCGCGCAUGAGAAGAGCCAGCGAGGGUCAGCACCUCUUGAAGGACGGAAAGAAGAGCAGCGGAAGCGAUCUCAAGUGUGACAAAUGUGGAAAGGGAUACAAGCACAGCAGCUGCUUGUCAAAGCAUUUAUGGGAGCAUACUCCGGAGUGGUCUUUCACAUCCAAAUUGCUUAUCUCUAAGCAUCAACAGGUGCAAUUGUUGGAGGCGGCGUCUGUCCUUUUGACCAUGAAUCAAGAUGGCACAACCCCUCCGGAUUCUGCCAAGGAUUUCCAGAGCGACCAAGAUUCUGCAUCUCCUGCUGCAUCGGGUUCGUCUGAGCCGCACGAUGGAACCAGCUCUGCAGAUACCACACCUCCUCCGCAGGCGGAUAUGUUCAACACUUACGGGAGCGGAUCCUACGUUGGCAGGCACAAGAGGUACAGCAGCGGCACCAACUAUUCUCGCUCUUACCAAUCUGCUCCAUCCUCCAAUAUGCUUCACAGCGGGAGCGUCCCCAGUGGUUCUGGCUUCGGUCACUAUCGCCAACCAAGCCAUGAACGUCGUCCACCGUCUUCGGGAAUCAGUCGGAACCAGGAAGAUGAGGGCUUGGCAGCUGCCGUCGAGCUUCUCUCUUGCAGCUUUGGAAGUACCAGGACAAACCCUGUCACUCUUCCAGCAGAUGCUCCUCCUGUGCCACACAUUCCCGCGCAAUACCUCAACCAGGGCAAUUUCUCAGGUACGACCUUGACACCAAAUCAACACCCUCGCCAGACCGAGAGUUACACACGCCACCAGAUUCACCAUGAUGGUGAUAUCAAAAUGGAAGAGAGCGAGGAAAGCGUUGCCGAUGACGAAGAAUAUGACCAACGAUCCAGAGCGCGUAGUGACGAAGAUGACGACGGCGUUUUUGGACGCAUGGAGGAGUAA